AUGAUCCGCUUUAGUUUGGUAAAGUCCGGGAACAGGAGCAAACCCGAGCAGCGACCGUCGGGAGCACAGUCUGGAGAAAUCAUGGCGAGCAGCGGCCACAAAGUUGUGCUGAUCACCGGCUGCUCCUCCGGUAUCGGGUUACGGAUCGCCGUCACGCUGGCCAGAGAUGAAAAGAAGCGUUACCAUGUUAUCGCCACAAUGAGGGACCUAAAGAAGAAGGACAAACUGGUUGAGGCGGCUGGUGAUGUAUUUGGGAAAACUCUGACGCUGCUCCCUCUGGACGUGUGCAGUGACGAGUCUGUCCAAACCUGCAUCAACAGUGUUAAAGACCGCCAUAUUGACAUUUUAAUCAAUAAUGCGGGCGUUGGUUUGCUGGGACCGUUGGAAAGCAUCAGCAUCGAGGACAUGAAGCGAGUGUUUGAAACCAACUUCUUUGGCGUGGUUCGAAUGAUCAAAGAAGUGAUGCCCGACAUGAAAAAGAGGCGAUCGGGGCACAUUGUGGUCAUGAGCAGUGUCAUGGGACUCCAAGGAGUGGUCUUCAAUGAUGUAUACACAGCCUCCAAGUUUGCAAUGGAGGGUUUUUGUGAGAGCAUGGCAGUGCAGCUGAUGAAAUUCAAUGUCCGAGUGUCGAUGAUCGAGCCGGGACCAGUGCACACAGAGUUCGAGACCAAGAUGAUGGAUGACGUGGCGAAAAUGGAGUAUCCUGGAGCAGACGCAGACACAGUUCGAUAUUUUAAAGACGUUUACCUGCCGUCCUCUAUAGAUAUAUUUGAAGCCAUGGGCCAAACACCGGAAGACGUAGCCAAAUGCACUAAGAAAGUCAUAGAGUCGAGCAGCCCGCGCUUCCGGAACCUGACCAACAGUUUGUACACUCCGAUUGUGGCCUUGAAGUACGCGGACGAGACCGGCGGGCUGUCUGUCAACACCUUCUAUAAUCUGCUCUUCAACUUCGGGCCCCUCAUGCACAUCACCAUGAGCAUCCUUAAGUGCCUGACCUGCAGCUGCCUGCGGAGACGCACUAUCUCCCCGAACUGA